UUACACACCUAAGGGUCAUUGUUUACAUCUAUUCAUACAUGUCGUUUGUGCCUGUAUGUUUCAGUUUGGCAGAGCAGUAGAAGACAGAGAAACAAACAUUUCACCGCUGGCCUUUCCUCUUUAUUCCAGCGUCAGCACCUGUUCUUCAGAGGACCACAUCAGACAAGGAAACCUUGUGGAUUUUAGCAAACAAUUCCUGUUUAGUUUUUCCAAAAAACAGCUGUCAUCAUUUCACCUCCAACAGCCAUGUACAGCUCCAGCUACUCCCGGGCCAAAUUUGGCCUGGAGGCAAGGGAGCCCCUGCACAAGCCCAAAGGAAAGAGCUGUGGUUACUACAUGAGGAUUAUCUUCUUCUUUUCCUCUCUGAUCCAGUCUCUGAUCAUCGUCAGUCUGGUGCUCUUCCUCAUCUAUGGACAGCCAGAGAAAUCUGCAGAGGAGAAGAGGGUCGAGGAGUUGGAGCAGAGCUUCAACAGGCUGAGUGCGAACAACAUCCAGCUGAGAAAGGAGAAGGGCGAGCUGGGAGCUCAGCUGGCAGCUCGCACAGCUGAGAAGGAGGCUGUGGAGAAAGAGUUUGCAAAGGAGAAGAAUGAAUUCAACAACACUGAGCACGCACUAAAAGUGAAACAAAGUAACUGUGAGAGAACAGUUAGGUUGAUGUCAAUGCGUACCACCACUCCGAUCCAGCCUCCUAUCAUGGUCACUACCAACAGUGAAAUGAAGACUCUGCAGAGCCUCAAUGCCCAGCAGCAAGCUAUGAUAAAUCUCAUUCAGGCAAACUUUACCCAGACUGUUAACUACCUGAGCCAGGAGAGAGACAACGCCGUCAAAGACCGAGACACACACCACCAGGAUGCCAUCACCCUGCGCAGGGAGAACGAUAUGCUGAAAGAGCAGCACACUACGUACACCAGGAAGUGCAAAGAGGACUUUGCAAAUUCUUUGGACGGAAUCAAAACAGUGACCAGGGAUUUCCUGAACAAGAUCAACAACCUGUUUCCCCACCAGCUGACCUUUCACCUCACCUGUGAAAGGCAGCAGGACGAAAUGGAGAAGAUAAGAAACAACUGCACCAACCUGUCCAGAGACGUGGAGAAUAAGUUCCAGCUGUAUUUAGACAGAGUCGGCAACAAAGUGGCAAACAUCCAAGACUUGUCCAGUCGUCUGGAAGUACACAACAUACAUUUAAACUCUGAUCUGCAGACGUGUGAACGCAGCCGCAAGGAGGCUGCGGCUCAGGCCACCACGGAGCUGCAGCUCAAGCAAAGGACUCAUGACGACCAGGUGGAGAAAUUACUGAUUGCACAGAACCGAAUGAGAGAGCAGAAGAAACUGCAGGAAGAGAGUUUGGCCCUUAAAGAUAAAGAGAUUCAGAACCUCCAACGAAUGCUCUCUGCUCAGGCCAGCUUUAAGCCCGGCGCCUCCAGACCUGCCGGUGCACAGGCGUCCGCACAGCAGAGGCCUGUCAUUGGCGCACCUAGCAGCAAUAAAACUCCAACGGUGAGAUGAAAUCAACCGGCGGAGUAACAACUGAAAGCACCAGUGGAGUGCCAUAUUGAUCAUUUGGCCUUUUCUAAGGACAUGUAGAUAUUCCUGAUACACACACUUGAACACAACCUGUAAAUACUCUGAGUCCCUAUUAGUGACAUAUUUACUGUUGUUUGACUGUGCAUGCUUUGUUUAGCUCUACUUGGAAUAAAAGUUUUGUAUGUUUUAUUAUACUAUUUGAGUUUAAACAUUUGCUGUGAAAAGCCUUGGUAACUACCCAGGUAAAUGUAAAAGUUUCUACGACACUGGUGUAAAUAUUUCCUCUUGUGUGUCACUCACUGUUGUUUAAGUAGAAUUAAAAUGAAAUGACUCACUCAUUAA